AUGAAUCAAAGUAGUUGUAGUAGUAGUCGUAGUAGUCGUAGUAGUCGUAAUAGUCGUAGUCAUAGUAGUAGUAGUAGUAGUAGUAGUAGUAGUAGUAGUAGUAGUAGUAGUAGUAGUAUCUUCUCGAGAGUCUCAAGAGUCUCAAGCUCAAGGUCUGAAGGUCUCAAGAGAAGAGUCAAGAGAAGAGUCAAGAGAAGAGUCAAGAGAAGAGUCAAGAGAAGAGUCAAGAGAAGAGUCAAGAGAAGAGUCAAGAGAAGAGUCUCUCUGUCUCUCCAUCUCUCGAAUAGUCUCAACGUGUUUAUCAAAUCCCAAAGAGAAUCACACAGUCAAUGCGAUAAAAGUCAAUACUGCCCUAUCAAUACUAUGCCUGCUUUCUUUUGUAUAUUGAAGAAGGCGAUAGUAAGGAGGAUAAUGGAGCUAUCAACUUAUCUAUCGACAUAUUCACAUGGUGUUGCUUGGGAUUGCGUAGGCUAG